AGACAUUGGAACGGGACGUCUGGCAAUCGAAUAAAAGGGGAGGGAGGAGUGAUUUCGCGCGUUGAACUGAUUCCGAAUAAUUUCCAAGAGAUUCGCGAGCCACGGCGUCAACGUUUAACGAUCGAGUAUAGAAUCGAGCAAGCGAGUCCGUCCGCGAAGACCUGACGAGAUGUCCGUCAUGGGAAAGCCGGUACUCUACUCCUAUUGGCGGAGCUCCUGCUCGUGGAGAGUGCGAAUCGCACUAAACUUGAAGGAGAUCCCUUACGAUAUAAAACCAGUUAGCUUAAUAAAAGGAGGCGGUGAGCAACAUUCCAAUGAGUUUCGUGAGAUUAAUCCCAUGGAGCAGGUGCCGGCACUUCAUAUCGACAAUCACACGUUAAUAGAAUCUUUGAAUAUCUUGCAAUACCUGGAAGAGACCAGACCACACCGACCUUUAAUGCCUGCAGAUCCUGUGAAGAGAGCUAGAGUCAGGGAGAUUUGCGAGGUGAUUGCUAGUGGUAUUCAACCGUUGCAGAAUCUAGUUGUGUUGAUAUAUGUUGGGGAAGAACGUAAGAAGGAAUGGGCACAGCAUUGGAUUACAAGAGGUUUAACAGCUGUAGAAAAAUUACUGUCGUCCAGUGCAGGGAAAUACUGCGUGGGGGAUGAAAUUACACUAGCAGACUGUUGUUUAAUACCACAAAUAUUUAACGCGAGAAGGUUUCUCGUCGAUCUGAGACCUUUCCCAACAAUUUUAAGAGUAGAUCGUCAUUUAGAGAAUCACCCUGCCUUUACCGCUGCUCACCCAAAUAAUCAGCCUGAUUGUCCUCCAGAGGCAACCAAGUAGCAAGCAAGGCAGACCACCCUCUUCCUCUUCUAAUUUUAUAGAAACGGAAAGGGAGGUGGUCCAAUAUUUUGUAGUUCUAUGGUGAGAAAAGGUGAUGCAACUCUAUUUUUAUUGAAAUUGACAACACACAAUUAUGUUAUACAAACGGUAAUAACGCAUGCAUAGAGUUUCCGAGAUCGAAACGGGAGGGGGUGAAUUUUAUUGAUAAGGGUGUGAAGUCGUGUAACUUGGCUGUAACACCUAAUGUACCAGUCUUACUUUUAUUUGUUCUUCAUAAUUCUUUGGGAUCUCUUGGCGUUAAGGAUACUACCAUCAAACAUAGCUACAGGUAUUUUAGAUAUUUUUUCAUAGAUCAUUGGUUACUUGUUUGUAACGCGAAUAGUGCACCUUUUGUCACUUGUGAACUACGUUUAGGUAUCGAGAUGGUAAACAGUGUAGAGUAGAGUAUUCGACUCUGUAAUAAUUUUCAGUUAUACGUAAAGUGAAAAUACGUGAUGCGUCAUCUGUUCCAAGAUGAGAUGAAACACUGUACCAUUCCCAUACUUACACAGAGAAUAGGAAUGUUGGCUUAUGUUUAAUUUUGUUAUGUUUUUUCAGUGGUUUUAAAUACAUAAUCAAAAUUACUCGAAUUCGUCUUCGUAUAGUACUUGCAUAUUAUUUUGUAAAGUGUAUUGACCUAUUCCAAAUAGGUUCUGUUGUCUGAAAUCAAAAGUUUACUUUUUAUACUCAUAAUAAUAUAAUUUUUCGAUUAUUUUUAGCUUACAUAGAUUAAGGAGAAGUGUUGCUAUUAAAUAAUAUUAGAUAAAAACUUUAAAUCCUUUACUGAAUAUAAAGUAGCAGAUUCGAACGUUGCAGGAUACACGCAUACUAACAUACAUUGAAUAAAUAGAAAAAGAAAAUGUGUAAUAAGAGAACGCAAUCUGCUCAAACUCCAGAUAAAAUACUGAGGAAUGAAAAGUACAAAUCAAAUUUCUUUCAUAAAGCAUUUAUCCUGUGGGUACACUUCAUUUUUCCUCUAUAAACUUGUGUCGGUCCACGAGUAAUUGUUGGAGAUAUUUGAUACAAUGUAACUUUGGAUUUCGUUGUUAACUUUAAAAGAUAGAAAAGUGUGCUCGGCGUUGAUAUGUACCAUAAGCUCGUAACGCGUACCUUGGAGGAAUACAUCGAUUCCCCUGAUACGCAUAUUGAGACUUAAAAAAAAAAAACGUGGUAGAGAAUUACGAUUAAGAUAUAUAUUUGAAAAUUGUGUAGAAUGUUUCCUUGCUUCAAUCUUGAGCACACUUUAAUACUUUCCAAUGUAUUUUUUGCAGGACAUAAUCUUAUAUAGAGAUACAUGUUUGAUCGUAUCGCCUAUAUUGUAUAACUUAAAUAUAUUUUGUAGUUUUAUACACGAACAAUACGUUCAUUGUGCGAUAAAGACCACAGGCGUCAGGAUGAAACUGAACUACAGUAUCGUACGUUAUCGAGAACUCGUUCUACUGACAUUGUUACUGCCUGGUUCUUUCUUGCCAUUGCUUUCCACGAAAGUGAAGACUAAUCCUUUUUGAUUUGUAAGUAAAUCGUACGAUUAAAAUGAAAACUUUCGAAAGUAGUCGUUCAUAGGCUCGCCUAUUCGGAAUUUAUGUUACGAAUUACUCAUUAAAUUAAGGUAUUCCGUACCGCGUUAGGUGAUAACGGAGGGGUAUUUGUUUGCAUGCUUCUUCAACUAGGCGGCUAGGAAUUAUAUAAUUUAUACUAUAACAAAGAAGAAUGACAGAGAUAUACAUUUCAUACUUAGACGUGUGCAUUAUACAAGUGAAUGAUUAGAUAAUAAUGUAUAUAUAAUUUUUAUACAAGAUGUUCGAAUGUUGCAUGCAGAAAAGCACUAUCAGCCCGAAUCACGUUUCGAGAAGGCUGUCCAUACUAUCUCAGCAAGAGUAUCGCAUGUCGUACACAUAUGAUAGGGGUUCGUAGAGGACGUAGGAAGGAAUGCAAACAAGUGACACCCUUCGACUAUAAUCGCAUCAAAAUAAUUUCUGCGUCGAUCCCAACUAUGGAAGUAAGAAAGAAAAAAAACGAGGUGUGAUGAUUGUGAGAAGGAAAAUCCAACUCGUUUGUUUUUAACUCACGUGAUAUUUGUUAUUCUUAUAAUUGAAUAACGCGAGAGAAAUGGAUAAUUUUCCGUGGAAUUUUUUUAAACGAUAUCGAUCUACCUUUGGUAUUCAGGUAAUCCCGUAAAAAAUUGUUAAGCUGGUCAACAAAUUUGUAUUGAAUGGUACAUCUAUUAAAAAGAAAAAUAAAUUUUCCAUUUCUCUGCACAAUGCUUAUCCUUUUAACGGUGAAUCGAUAAACUAUAGUUUCUAGCAUACACUGCUUUUUCACUAUUAGCUUGUACGCACACACGUGGAAGAGCCCGAGGCAGGAAAGUGUUUACGUAAAGCGACACAAAACGAUUAGUUUCGUAGGUGUAACGUGGAAAAGCACUGAACACAAUAGAAUUAUUUUAUAGUUUGGCAACAAAUUAAUUGGGGCAAUAACGGACAAACCACUUUUAGAAACUUCAUUUAUAUCGACGGUCCUAAAUAGAGUUUAGUUAGGUAGUGCUACAUACCAUUUGUAAAAGUAUGCGUGAGUAAGAGUCGUAGUAGGGGCAAAUGCGAGUAUGUAUAAUAAUAAUAACGAUAAACGAUACUUAACAAAAAGUUAACGAAACAAACAAACCGGUAUGAUACGCUUAGAUAUUUUGUAAGUGAAAAUUGAAUUAUGUACGUUCAUUGCUUACGAGGAAUAAUAAAUUCUGUGUCAUAGUGUA